AUGGGGUCUGUUGAAGAGCCAGAGGUCCCCAAGACGGACGUUCUCCUCGUUGGAGCAGGAUUUGCCACAUACACACUUCUCAACCGCCUGAGAAAGCUUGGUCUGUCAGUGACCAUCUACGAGAAGGGAGCUUCUGCUGGUGGAAUUUGGUACUGGAACUGCUAUCCCGGCGCACGAGUUGACUCCGAUACACCCAUUUACCAGCUGUUCGACAAAGAGUUGUGGGAGGACUUCACUUACAAGGAGCGAUACCCUGGCGGCCCAGAACUUCGUCGUUACUUUGACUACGUCGACAAGAAGUGGAAUGUGAGCGGACACACCGUCUACAACAAAUGUGUUGACACCGCAACAUUUGACGAGCAGGCCAACGAGUGGAUUGUCGAGUGCUCCGACGAGUCUACCAUUCGCUGCAAGUGGUUCAUGCCGAACAUCGGUUUCGCCUCGAAGCACUACUCCCCACCAUUCCCAGGUCUCGGAAACUUCAAGGGAGAAAUCUUCCACACUGCCAAGUGGCCCCAGCAUGAUGCACACCUCAAGAACAAGCGCGUGGCAGUCGUUGGCACUGGUGCCUCUGGUAUCCAGACCAUCCAAGAGAUUGGCCCGAAGGUGAAGCACCUUACCGUCURCCAAAGAACUCCAAACAUGUGCCUACCGAUGAACCAGCACAAGCUGGACCCAGCGGAGGAGGAGAGGAAGAAGAAGGAUGGAACCUACGAGAAGUUGAUCAACGACACCCGUAGCACAUUCGCCGGCUUCACAUACGAUUUUAUCGACAAGGACACAUUUGAUGACUCUCCAGAAGAGCGUGAGAAGUUCUACCAGCAGCUUUGGGACCAAGGUGGCUUCCGUUUCUGGCUGAAUGGCUACAAGGAUUUGUUCUUCWACCACGAUGCAAACUAUGAGGCAUACAAGUUCUGGCGCAAGCAGGUCCUGAAGCGCGUCAAGAACCCCGAAAAGGCCGAGCUCCUUGCUCCAGAGAAGCCUCCGCACCCAUGGGGAACCAAGCGACCAUCGCUUGAGCAACGCUUCUACGAGGUCGUCGACUCGGACAACGUCACCAUCAUUGAUGUCAACGCCAACCCCAUCACAGAUGUGAAAGAAAAUGGCAUUGUCACCGACAAGGGUCUUGAUGAGAUUGACGUCUUGAUCCUGGCAACUGGCUUCGACUCCGUCACCGGCUCUCUCGGCCAGCUUCACAUUCAGGACACCAACGGAAACGACAUCGCUCACCACUGGAAGGAUGGCUGCAAGACAUCAAUGGGAAUUGCCAUUCCAGGAUUCCCCAACAUGUUCUUCUGCUACGGACCUCAAGCUCCAACUGCCUUCUCAAACGGCCCUAGCUGCACACAGUUCCAGGCCGRGUGGAUCGAGACGCUGAUGAAGAAGGUGAUUGAGGAUAAGAUUGUCCGCAUCGAUGCCAAGCCUGAAGCCGAGGAAGACUGGACAAAGAGGAUGCACGAGAAGUGGGAUGCUUCAUUGUUCCCCCUAGCCAAGUCCUGGUACCAGGGCGCCAAUAUUCCCGGCCGCAAAGUCGAGCCACUCAACUGGGCAGGCGGCAUGGUAGACUACGYCGACACUCUACACAAGAGUUUGGAGAACGACUACCAGGCCUGGAAUGUCGUCAAGGCAUAG